AUGGACGGGACGGGCGCGGACGGAGAAAACAAGGAGCGGGCGGCCGGAAAGCUGAGUAAGGGUGAUGAGUGCCAGGAUGAGGAGUACAACGUGCUGCAGUGUAAGGAGCACUUUGUGGUGGAUCAUGAGCGCCCAGGUCAGUCAGGGUCCCCUGAACACUGUGAGAGUCAUUACCUUGAUGGGACUGAAAAGGAGGCAGAGGAGAAAAAAAGUACCAACAGAAGUGGAAUGUCCGCCGAGAAAGCACCAAGUGGAAUCCCUGGAGGUCCCUGCAGGCAGGAUGAGGGUGGCCCAGCUACUUGCCAGUCAUCCAAAUGUGCUGAAGCCCAGCAAUCCUACAAGGUGUCUUCAGUCUUGGAAUCCAGAAGUAGCCACGAUGCAACCAAGGAGGAGGGAAAAGAGGAAAAGGAGAAAAAUACCUUACUUGAGAAUCCAGACAUCCUACCAUCGGUCAGGAAGACGUCCCGCACCUUCUAUAGUGCAGAGCAGCUAGAAGAGUUGGAGAAGGUGUUCCAGGAAGACCCCUAUCCCGACACUGAGAAGAAGAUGGAGCUUGCAGCUGCGUUUGGUGUGAUGCCAAAGCGAAUCCUGGUCUGGUUUCAGAAUCGCAGGGCAAAGUGGCGAAAAUCGGAGAAGCUGAAAGCGAAAGGCAACAGAAAACAUCCAACAUCGUCACCUCUGUCACAUGAUUAUGGGUGGGGGACCUACUCUGUUUUCUCAUCUUUCCACAACAGGGCACCUCCUCUGCCUGUGCCUCCGUUGCCUGAUGUUGCUCGUGACCAAUCUGCCAUGCUGGGAGGAAACCCUGCAGCUGGAAACUGCUCCAGCCUGCUCAGAGCACAGCUUGCACCACUCUCCUCUGCCUCAGAUACACACAUCCCAUACUCUGGUUUAGAUGGAAACAUUCUGGCUACAACCAGAGUCAGCUUUAGUCCACCACCCUCCUGCCAUUACCCUGAGCAGCUGGAGACUGCAGGGAACUUGGAGACCACGUACUGCCAGUACAGCAGCCAGGGGGGAAUUUACCAGCUGUCCCAAUAUUCCCAGCAGCACCAGCUCUCCCAGUUCUGCCAACUGCCAGAUCACCUGGCCACCAAUUUGCUCUCCAGUGACCACCUCCCUCCUCCAACACCCCCUGAGUCCCAUUCAGCUUUCCUGGCCUUACCUGGUAACACUGGAGCAGUAACCUAUGGAGCCACACAAGGCUAUGGACAAAACCACAUGGGGGGACAGCUUGUGCCGCAGCAGUCAAGUGGAAUCUCAGCAGACACCACUGCCUAUCAGGCUGUCCCUUGGAGUGAUUUCUACAUGCAGGAAGCUCAGUUCUCAAAUCAGCUGCACUCCCAAAUGCCAUUUUUUAGCACAGCAGAAGGACAGAACUUCCCAGAGCCAUCUCUUCUUCAAGUGCCCAGUGGAACAGCACUGGGAUCCAUGUCACAGGCUGGAAAGCAAAAGGGAGUCACACCAGACCAGAGUUCAAACCAGAGCCACCAAACAGAGCCAGAGUUGGCAUGGCCAUGGCUCGCUGAAAGAGAGAUGAUGUAGAGUGUUGUAACAAGAAAGGAGACACCACUGUUGGUAACUGAAAGGCCAGCUGAUUCUUUUUUUGGGGAGAAAAG